UAAGCCCCUUCGGGCCACUUUGGGCGGCAGCUGCGGCGGCAGUAUUUCUGCGGCUUUCGAUGCGAUUUGCCCCCGCCAACGAAGGUUCACGUCUCAUGGACUGAAGCGAUUUUGCUGUUGCUAGUAUAUUAUACGUCCUACUGAGACGAGAAGUGCAUUGUGCCUCCCCCCAUCGAAAAAAAUGUCCAAGUGCGUCCACAAGGGUUGCGGGAAGGUCUUCACCGAUCCCGAAGAGCCAUGCGUCUAUCAUCCUGGGCCACCCGUCUUCCAUGAAGGCCAAAAGGGCUGGAAAUGCUGCAAGCCCCGCGUUCUCACCUUCGAUGAAUUUCUCGAAAUCCCACCCUGUACUACCGGCAAACAUUCGACUGUAGACGAUACCCCAGUCGAACCCCCAAAGAACACAGACGCAGCUGCACCCGAACUAGUUGCCCCCCAGCCGGUCACUGCACCUGUCGCAGAUAGCGGGGUACCACGGCCAACAUACUCGCCCGCUAUUGCCCCUCCGUCGAACGCAGCCACACCUGCCCCCGAAGAGUCAGAGUCCGACGACCCAUCUCUUGAGAUCCCGGCUAACGCCACAUGCCGUCGGAAGGGAUGCGGCGCCAACUAUAACUCGUCCGUGUCGCGGGGGGAGGAAAAAUGCGUCCAUCAUCCGGGACAGCCGAUUUUCCAUGAGGGCAGCAAGGGAUGGUCAUGCUGUAAGAAGAGGGUUCUGGAUUUCGACGAUUUCCUGAAGAUUGAAGGCUGCAAGGAGAAAAAUAAACAUCUCUUUGUCGGAAAGGGCAAGCCGGCUGGUGAAGAGAAGGUGGAGAGUGUCAGGAACGACUUCUACCAAACACCACACUCGGUCAAUGUCUCGCUUUACCUCAAGAAGAUCGAUAAGAACCAGGCUAAAGUCGAGUUCUCCGAGAAGUCGAUCGACCUGGACCUCCCCACUACCGAUAACAAGCGGUACAAAGAUACAUAUCAGCUGUUUGCGCCGAUUAAUCCCGAAAAGUGCCAGUUCAAGGUGUUGGGUACUAAACUGGAAUUGACGCUGGCCAAGGCUGAUGGGACUAGCUGGCCAGUCUUGCGGAGCGAUGACAGAUGGAGUGGAGAGAGGAUUCAAAUCGGACAGGCUGGACGGGUCUGAGGUUACUAUAUAGCAUAAAUGAGACAUGGGAAACACAUAUCUUGCACUAACAUGGUUGGAACAUGGUAUCUACUCAGCUUCAGAGGCAUACAUUCACUCGUAUCGCCAAGACACCUUGUGAUGGCACUAAUUCAGGAUUGGGUUGUAUUGGCACAUGACGAGACUUGCUAUGUUGAUCGCUCUUCAG